AUGGAGGGCCUCCCUUCAGACGAGACAAGCGUCAAAAACCCGGCAGACAUCAGCGUCAUCAUUGGAUAUUUCAUCCUGGUGAUCAGUGUGGGCAUUUGGUCCAUGUUUCGGGGCAAUCGUGGAACGGUCGGGGGGUAUUUCCUGGCAGGGCGCACCAUGACCUGGUGGCCGGUCGGUGCAUCUCUGUUUGCGAGCAACAUUGGCAGCGCUCACUUUGUGGGCCUGGCAGGUACCGGGGCAGCCAGUGGCAUCGCUGUGGGAGGCUUCGAGUGGAUUGCUCUGUUCAUUGUGCUGCUGCUGGGUUGGCUCUUCGUGCCCGUCUACCUCACAGCUGGGGUCAUCACAAUGCCUCAGUACCUGAAGAAGAGGUUUGGUGGGAGAAGAAUCAGCCUCUACCUCUCUAUCAUCUCUCUCUUUCUCUACAUUUUCACCAAGAUCUCGGUGGACAUGUUUUCAGGAGCUGUGUUCAUCCAGCAAGCGCUAGGCCUCAACAUCUACGUGGCCGUCAUCUCCCUUUUGUCCAUCACAGCCUUGUACACAGUCACAGGGGGCUUGGCUGCACUGAUGUACACUGACACUGUUCAGACCUUUGUCAUCAUUGCUGGAGCCUUGAUCCUCACCGCCUUCUCAUUCUCUGAGGUAGGAGGCUACAGCGGUCUGCUUGAUAAAUACAGCACAGCGAUGCCGAGUAAUUUCACGUCCCUGGAUCCCCACCGAUACAAUAUCUCGUCCAGCUGUUACACCCCCCGAGAGGACGCCUUCAGCCUGCUGAGGGACGCCACCACAGGGGACCUGCCCUGGCCGGGGGUUCUGUUUGGGACUGCAAUAGCAGGGAUCUGGUACUGGUGCACGGACCAGGUGAUUGUCCAGCGGUGUCUUGCAGCCCGCAGCAUCACCCAUGUGAAGGCCGGAUGCAUCCUGUGCGGCUACCUCAAAGUGCUACCAAUGUUCCUGAUGGUGUUCCCUGGUAUGAUCAGCAGGGUGCUGUACCCAGAUGAAGUGGGCUGUGUGGUCCCAGAGGAGUGUAAGAAGGUGUGUGGAACUGAAGUGGGCUGCUCCAACAUUGCUUACCCUAAACUAGUGGUGUCAGUCUUGCCCAGCGGUCUGCGAGGUCUGAUGCUGGCUGUGAUGUUGGCUGCACUCAUGUCCUCUUUGGCCUCGGUCUUCAACAGCAGCAGCACCCUGUUCACCAUGGACAUCUGGACGCGCAUCCGACCACAGGCCAGCGAGAGCGAACUCAUCAUCGUGGGCAGAGUGUGGGUUCUGUGCAUCGUGGCCGUCAGUAUCUGCUGGAUCCCGAUAGUGCAGGCGGCUCAGAGCGGUCAGCUGUUUGACUACAUCCAGGCAGUCUCCAGCUACCUGGCUCCCCCCAUCGCCUCCGUGUUUCUGCUGGCUGUGUUUGUGAAGCGGGUCAAUGAGACGGGAGCUUUCUGGGGCCUGAUCGGUGGCCUGAUGAUGGGUCUGUGUAGGAUGCUGCCUGAGUUCUGGUACGGCACCGGCAGCUGCAUUUUCCCCUCGACCUGCCCUGUCUUGGUGUGUGGGGUCCACUACCUCCACUUCGCCAUCAUCCUCUUCCUGUGCACAUCCGUGCUGGUGCUGCUGGUCAGCCACUGCACGGAGCCCAUUGAUGAGCAGCAUCUCCACCGUUUGGUGUUCAGUCUUCGCCACUCCAAAGAAGAGAGGAAAGAUUUGGACAGCGAGCAGGAGGAAAGUGGGAGGAGAGCCAGGAGAGAGGCUCGGGAGAAGAUGAGGGAGAAGAUGAGGGAAAAACACAACAGUGAUGCCUUGGCUGCACAGCAAGACAAAUCCACCUUCCGUCGGAUGAUUGGUCGUCUCUGUGGCCAGAGUGGGUCCUCCCAGUCCCAUGAAGAAGAAGAAGAACCCGAGGCCUUUGAGAAGAUGCCUGACAUCAGUGAGGACCCUGGGUGGAAGCACGUUGUGGAUGCCAACGCUCUCAUCAUGAUGUCCGUCGCUGUGUUUAUGUGGGGAUUCUACGCCUGAUGGGCCCUCUCGUUGUUCCACCACAGCAGAUGUCACAUGUGAUUUACUUGAUCAGAUCCAUCUGAAUCUUAUGCUGAUGGUUAAAUGCGAUGAAGUGUCUCCAUCUAUUGGUGAUGACCUGUUACUGCAAAUAUAUUCCUGAAUCAAAUCAGCUUGAAAAAAAAAAAAGUGGUCAGUAUGAAGUAAUGCUCCUCUGUUACAUUUACCUGGUGUUAAGGCGCACAUGCAACGCAGAGUCUAGGAA